AAGAUGGCGGCCGUGCUGAAGGCGGAAGGUAGCGGAGCUUUAACUGAGUGUUCAGCCUGAAAACACGUCCCGCUCCCCGCAGGCUGCUCUCCGUUCACCCGCUUUAUUUCACCCGUACGUCCGGAGGGGAGCGGCCGCUGACCGGCCCAGCGCAGCACGCUGGAACCCGGAGCGGGGCAGUGCAGGCGGCCGUGCGCUCUGUGAGACUCAUCCUACAUGGACCCGUCGCCAUGAGCAACAAGGAGAUGGUUUCCACGGAGACAGAGAACCGAGGACAGAGGAAGGUGUUUGUUCCCAACAAGCUGCUCGAGUGUCUUCCCAGUUCUUCCAGUCUUCCCACUGAGAGGCUGCGCUGGAACACCAACGAGGAGAUCGCCUCCUACCUGAUCUCCUUCGACAGACAUGAGGAGUGGCUCGCCUGCAGCCUGAAGACCAGGCCGAAGAAUGGCAGCAUCAUCCUGUACAACCGCAAGAAGGUCAAGUACAGGAAGGACGGGUACUGCUGGAAGAAAAGGAAGGACGGAAAGACGACGAGAGAGGACCACAUGAAGCUGAAGGUCCAGGGCAUGGAGAACCCCGACAUCGUGCUGGUCCACUACCUGAACGUGCCGUCCCUGGAGGAUUCUGGGAAAUGCAGUCCGCUGCUGUGCGCCGUGUCCGACCGCCAUGACAGUGUGAGGUGGAGCCGAGACGACCUGCUGAGCCAGCUGAAGCCCAUGUUCCACAGUAUGAAGUGCUCGGUGGGCUCGGGGGACUUCAGCAUUGAGGAGCUGGUUCAGCACAUCCUGGACCGACAGAGAACCAAACCACAGCCGCGGACACACACCUGCCUCUGUAACACCGUCCAGGUGUCUUCAGGAGUGAACAUUCCCCACCGCUGUAACAGCACCAAGCACCGCAUCAUCUCCCCCAAACUGCCGCCGUCCUCCUGCCGGCCGACUCCGUCCCCGCUGUCCUCUGAGCUGGGGGAGGCAGGGCGGGGAGGAGGAGACGCCAAGCUGCCUCACCUGCAGGCUCAGAGCAGCCCGGCCUCGUCCCCGUCCUCCAGUUCGGCCUCCUCCCCCCCUCAGCCCCACAGAGCCGCCAUCACCGUGAGUAACCAUGGUAACGGCUUCUACGGAGACCGCCGCGGCAACCUGACGACGGUGGCGCUGCCUCAGAAUGCGGUCAUUGUCAUGGCAACGACAGCCGCUGCCAUUGCGGGGGGAGGAGGUGGGGGAGCCCACGAGGCCGGCCUGGUGUGUCUGCAGGUCCUGGAGUCCGGAGGUUCUGUCUCUUCGUCGGUUCUGUUCGAGUACCGAGCCAGGAACGCCAGCUCCCUGCCCAGCUCUCAGCUCGACUGGCUCUCAUUGGACGGUGAGUCACAGCUGGGAGCUCUGGGGGAGUCAGAGGGAGGCCGGAGGGAGGCGGGGGGUGAGGGGGAGGUGACGGAGAGGAGAGGUAAUGAUGAUGACGACGAUGAUGAUGAUGAAGGCAGGGCUCCGCCCACCAAGCUGGCUCUGCUGCAGACAAGCCCCGCCUCCUGCAGUUCGUCUCCACGGCAACAGGCAACCAGCUCUGCCUCCCUGCUGCUCGUCUGCCAGGACUUGGCGAGCCAGCCAGCAAAUCAGAUGCAGCGCCAGGCUACUGAAGCCCCGCCCCUAGCUGAGAUAUCCCAUCAGCCCCUGGGACUGCAGCAGCCGGCCACUCUGAGCCCCGUCCCCGCCGCUCGCCCUCUGACUCCCCCGAUCCAGGUGAAGGAGGAGAGUGGGCGGAGCUUUGACACCGAGGACACCUGCAUGGACACACACCUGUCGGAGGAGGCGGAGCCCUGCGAGCGUGGGGGGGAGGAGCUCGACAUCUCCUUCGACAGCCAGUUUCCCGACCUCAUCUCCGACCUCAUCACCGAGGAAGCCAAUCCCGUCGCAGCUCACCCCGCUGCCGUGUCCAGCCCGGCACUGUUCCCGGCGGGGGUCCGCUACAUGGUGCCGCCCCAGCCCUCCCCCUCCUCCUCCUUCCUCCCCUUCCCUCACCCGCUGCCCUCCUCCUCCUCCACCCGCCUGACCUCCAUCACAGACUUCUCACCGGAGUGGUCGUACCCCGAGGGGGGCGUGAAGGUUCUGAUCACUGGGCCGUGGAGCGAGCCGGCGGGUCGGUACUCGUGUGUGUUUGACCAGAGCACCGUCCCUGCAUCGCUGAUCCAGCCCGGAGUGCUGCGCUGCUACUGCCCCGGUACCGACCCAUGCUCCAACAUAAACAACACAGGCUGUUGCAUCAGGCCCGGUUCAGUCAGAGCCAACGUCUUUCCUUCUUGGAGAAACGCACACGAUAAUAAUCAGUUCAGGAUGUCCAUCCUGGAGCGUCUGGAGCAGAUGGAGCGCAGGAUGGCAGAGAUGUCGGCCCGCGACCUCAACCAGCAGCAGCAGCAGCACAGACAGCAGAGUGGCAGCCAACUGGCCACGCCCCCUCCACCUCCACCUGAGGACCACGAGCAGGUGAGGUGCUGUUACGUCAUUGCUUCAGACGGACAGUUUGUUGCUGUUCUGCUGGAUAUCUUUGAUUUCUCUGCUCUGGAUUCAGCUGUACCUCCACAACAGCAGGAUUCACAGUCAGACGUGUAUACACACCUGAUACACUGGAGGUAUACACACCUGAUACACACCCUGAUACACUGGAGGACUGUAAACAGUGACAGUCUGGACCUGGAACAGGAAGUAGAUCCUCUGAAUGUCGACCACUUCUCCUGCACGCCGCUGAUGUGGGCGUGUGCGCUCGGCCACCAGAGGGCAGCAGAGCUCCUGUACAGCUGGAACAGUCUGGCUCUGGGGAUCCCUGAUUCGCUGGGACGCCUGCCGCUCGCCGUGGCUCGUUCCCGCGGCCACACUCGCCUCGCCACGGUGCUGGAGGAGCUGCACACGCAGCGCACACACGUGAUGUCCAGGGACACGCACACGCCUCCCGCCGACACGCACACUCCGGCCACGCCGCAGCCACAGCUGCCGCCGUCUCCUCUGUCCACCAGCCCCGACACAGGUCUGAGCUCCUCCAGCAGCCUCCCCUCCCCCCCUCCCUCCCCCUCCUCCCUCCCUCCUGUGUCCGUGUGGGGGGAGGAGCCAAACGCUGCCUUCAGUGCAGGUUUGGCCCCCGGCGGCUCCAGGGACUCCCCGCUGUACCUGAUGGACUACGAGAGCGCCUCCCCCGGACACGCACACGGCUACGGUCAGACGGCGGCCGGCCGGCCGGCGCACACAGCAGCGACACUGGAGGAGCAGCUGCUGAGCUACAGCGAGAACGCCGAGAACGAAGGCGAGGAGGAAGAGUACCUGGAGGAGGAGGUGCUGCAGGUCGACAUGGCGACGCUGGCGGAGCAAAUCAUCGAGGCGACUCCAGAGCGAAUCAAACAGGAGGACUUUCCCAGGGGGGCGGAGUCACCGCUCAGAGAGAGGCGGGACAACCCCGCCAUACAGGACACCUGGCUGGCUACCUACCUGGAGACGGUCGACGCCCACACACACUCCCCGCCCAGGCGGGUGUGCCCCCCCUCACCCCUCAGCGCUCUGGCCCUCCAGAGGCUCCGCCCCCCCUCCUCUGCGGCAUGGGCGGAGUUCCUGAAUGCCUCGGCCAAUGGGAAGAUGGAGAGAGACUUCGCCCUGCUGACGCUGACGGACGGCGAGCAGAGGGAGCUGUACGAGGCGGCCAGGAUCAUCCAGAACGCCUUCAGGAGAUACAAGGGUCGGAGGUUGAAGGAGCAGCAGGACAUGGCUGCAGCCGUCAUCCAGCGGUGCUACAGGAAGUACAAGCAGUACGCUCUCUACAAGAAGAUGACCCAGGCCGCCAUCCUCAUCCAGUCCAAGUUCAGGUCCUACUACGAGCAGAAGCGUUUCCAGCAGAGCCGGCGGGCGGCCGUCCUCAUCCAGCAGUACUACCGCAGCUACAAGGAGUACGAGAGGCUGAAGCAGGCGCCGCGAGGAGCCGCCAGCCACAACCCCAAGAUCAAGGGCUCGUUCCUGACGAAGAAGCAGGACCAGGCGGCGAGGAAGAUCAUGAGGUUCCUGCGGCGCUGCAGACACAGGAUCAAGGAGCUGAAGCAGAGCAGGGAGCUGGAGAGGAGAGGCCUGACCACCUGAAGCUGGAGGAGAGACGCCUCGUCCACCUCCUCCACCUCCCUCCACCGCCGUCUGUCUGCAGCUCGCAGCGCUCCGUCCCUCAGCUCAGCCUGAC